CUUCUUCCUCCUUCAAUUCUCUCCCCAAUUAUUCUCUCCUCAAUCUCAAUCUCUCUCCUUACUCCCUUCUUAUCUACUCCAUACUCUCCUCCCCUCUGACCACCACCCCCCGUAUCCACCGGAUCCACCGUCCUUAAACUCAACCCCCUCGGUGUUUUUUUCUUCCUUCUCUAUCCACCUCCCCUCCUGCGCAACAAUCUCGCUGUCCCUCUUCUGGUCGGUGCUCUAGGAUCCCAGUGUCCUCCUGCACACUAUCAAUUCCAUCAUCUCCCUCCUCUCAUCAUGGCCAUCGAGACUGCGUCCCAACCGCCAUCGGUGUCCGAUCUCAAUGCCUGCGUUUCUCCCGGCCACCGACCUCCGGUAAAAGCUCAAGAGACGACCUUUCGACAAUGGGUCGUCGCCAACCAAAUCGGGAUUUCCUUGACGAUCCUCUCCAUGCUUCUGGCCGUGCACCAGCUGUACCCGUCUCUGCGGCCCUACACCACGCCCUUCUUCCAGCUGUCAUACUACCGGCCUGAUCAAGGGGAUUACAUCCAGGGCUGGGAUGAUAUUUACUUCGUCGCUAGCUCCGCCAUCGCUUUCACGGCCAUCCGCGCCAUCACCAUCGAUUGGAUCCUGCAACCGCUCGCCCGUCAUGCCGGAUUGAAACCCAAGGCUGCCCUUCGACUUGCCGAGCAGGGAUGGCAGUGCGUCUACUAUGGUUUCUUCUGGUGCUUUGGAAUGUACAUUUGGAUGAAUGCCCCCUUCUGGAAAGGGUUUGGCUCCAUCUGGGCGGACUGGCCCGCGCGAGGCGUGUCCGGCAACUUGAAGUGGUAUCUCUUGGUGCAGCUCGCGUUUUGGCUGCAGCAGAUCUUCGUCAUCAAUGUUGAAGAGCGCCGCAAGGAUCACUAUCAGAUGUUCACCCACCACAUCAUCACCAGCACGCUGCUCGCCUCGGCCUACAUCUACAGCUUCUACAACGUGUCCGUGGUGGUGCUGUGCCUGAUGGACAUUGUGGACCUCAUGCUGCCGACCGCCAAAAUCCUCAAGUACCUCAAGUUUGAGAGAACCUGCAACAUCGCGUUCGGCGUCUUCAUGGUCACCUGGUUGAUCUCGCGCCACAUCUUCUACCCCAUGCUCUGCUGGUCCAUCUUCAAGGAGGUGCCCGCCCAGAUGGCCUACGGCUGCUACUCGGGCAAGACCGCCGAAAUGAUCUCCGACAACGGAUACCCCGACCAGUUCACCUACCUCUUCUACCCGUUCCUGAACCUCGACGGACCCAUCUGCAUGAACCGCACCAUCAAGUGGAUCUUCCUGGGCUUCCUUCUGGCGCUCCAGCUGCUGUCCAUCAUCUGGUUCACCAUGGUCGUCCGCGUCGCCGUCGGCGUCCUCCGCACCGGCAACGCCGAGGACACGCGCAGCGAUGACGAAGAGGACGCCGAGGACGUCCGCGACAAGGAGGGCCCCACCCCCGCAACCGCCGAUACCACCAACGCCGACUGGCGCCGCGCCAACGCAUCCUCCACCGCACGACCCCGGGGCCGCGGCCGUGGCCGAGUCCGCCUGGGCGAGCAGAGUGACCGCAAGGCCUUGCUGGGCCGGAUCGGCUGCGACAAACCCACUUAGACCAAGAUAGCCUGGAGCUUGUUCUUUCUCUCUUUUUUUUUUUCCCUUUCUGUUCUUUUUCUUUUUCAUCUUCAUUUCCAAUCCUUCACGUCUUGUCGUUUAACGCUAUCACGGAUACGAGCAUGGACCUUUGAUGUGCGCAUGUGCUGACCGACCUCUCUCCAACCGACGCAACCACGACUUUACCUCCCUUACUUACCUACUACUUACUUUAUCAAUUAUGUUCCCAAUACCACAUCUGUCAGUCAUAGCGUCUGUCAGCCGCCAGUUACCCACCCACAUAACCACCAACUUGCUUUCCCGAAAUUAAAUCCGUUAUUCAUCU